GAUCGUUCUUUAGUGAAGUGUGGACUCACCUGUGCUUCUUGAAGAAAGAUCUGCAGAAGUAGAUUGGUCGGAACUUCAUACAGAAAAAAUGGUAAAACUACUCCCAGCUGUAGUGAGCUUCCUGCUCGUUUUGCACAUCGCUUCAUCCAGUAAGCUGGUGUGUCACAUGACCAACUGGGCCCAGUACAGACCCACCAUUGGUAAAUUCACACCAGACAACAUUGAUCCUUUCCUCUGCACCCAUGUCAUCUAUGCUCUGGCCACCAUCGACAGCUUCAACCAGAUUAUUCCCACUGAGUGGAAUGAUAAGGAACAAUAUGGCAGCCUUAACAGCCUCAAGAAUUACAACCCUGCACUGAAGACUCUGCUGACUGUUGGAGGCACUGUAAAGGGAGUCAGCCCAUUUAUUGCCAUGGUUGGCAAACCUGAGAGUCGGGAAGCCUUUGUUAAGUCAGCAAUCACCUUCCUGCGUACCCACAACUUUGACGGGCUUAACCUUGACUGGGAAUAUCCUGGACACAACGGCAGCCCACCCAAGGACAAAGAGAGGUUCACUCUGCUGGUCGCGGAACUGGCUAAGGCAUUCCAGGAUGAUGCCACAGAAAACAAGACAAAGCUGCUACUUUCAGUCAAUGUGGCCGGCUUCAUUUCAACCAUUGACGGAGCAUACGAGAUUAACAAGAUUGCACCUCACUUUGACUUCAUGAACAUCAUGACUUAUGAUUUCCAUGGACACUGGGAGGAAGUGACUGGACACAACAGCCCACUGUACCGCAGCUCUGUGGACAUUGGAUCACAGAUACACUACAACAUAAACUCUUCUGUAUCUUACUGGAGGAUUCAGGGAGCACCAGCUGAGAAGCUGCUUCUGGGUUUUCCCACUUAUGGCCGAACCUACCGUCUCUCCACAUCAGCUAGUGGCCUGGGAGCUCCAUCAAAUGGCCCUGCAGAUGCUGGACCCUACACUCGCACAGCUGGCUUCUGGGCCUACUAUGAGAUCUGUGACUUCAUCAACAGUGCAACCAUUUCAUGGAUCUCUGAGCAGGAGGUUCCAUAUGCAACGCAUGGCAGUGCUUGGGUAGGCUAUGAUGACAAGCGCAGCUUUUCUUCCAAGGUUCAGUGGAUGACCAAAUUCUCUUUGGGUGGUGCUCAUGUGUGGACUCUGGACAUGGAUGACUUUAGCGGGUCCUUCUGUUCAGAAGGACCUUAUCCCCUCAUCAACCACCUCAGAAUGUCAAUGGGUUUUGCUCCAAAGCCAACCACCACACCACGGCCCACAACCACCAGGGAUCCCCUUGCCGAUUUUUGCAGAGGCCGUCCUGAUGGGUUGUAUGAGAACCUAGCUGAUAAGAACACCUACUUCCAGUGCUUCCAAGGAAAUACUUACCUCCAUCACUGUCAGCCUGGCCUCAUCUACUGGGAUUCCUGCAAGUGCUGCGACUGGCCCUAAGCCAACUAAGCAUCAACUAGAAUAUACAACAUACAACAAUGGGGACACCCAGAGCUGUAUGUCAGUAAAAUAGGAUUGAAGUGUUCAUUACUGCUUUUACUUUGAGUAAUGCUGCUCAGAAGCACAAAAUAAAACGUCUAUAAAAUG